AUGGCCACCCGUACGGCUACAACAGACGCUACCUUGGUGGGCACCAUCCGAGCAACCGCUGUAUCGGCUCCCCCGCCUCAGUUGAUGAGGGCAGUUCGUUUCCACGGCCAACGCGAUAUUCGACUCGAUACCAUCCCCGUUCCUCGAGUUGCUGAGGGUAAAGUCAAGAUUGCUCCUAAAUUCUGCGGCAUCUGCGGAUCUGACCUGCACGAAUAUCUGGGAGGUGCAAACCUGAUCCCUAAGCCCGAGCAUCCGCAUCCCAUCACCAAGGAGACGUUGCCACUGACACUGGGUCACGAGUUUUCCGGCAUCGUCGAAGAAGUUGGCCAUGGCGUAGAGUCCGUCAAGCCCGGUGACAGAGUCUGCGUGCAGCCAAUCAUUUAUGACGGAGAUUGCCGAUCAUGCGUCCGUGGCCUGGUCAACUGCUGCGAUCGCAACGGCUUCGUUGGUCUUAGUGGAUGGGGAGGCGGCCUGUGCGAGACCAUGGUCGUGCCCGAGUCGUGCGUGAAGCAACUACCCGAUAACGUCUCACUCCAGGAGGGCGCACUCGUGGAACCCCUAGCUGUUGGCUGGCACGCCGUCGAUAUUUCCCCCUUCAAGGAAACAGACAGCGUCUUGAUUCUCGGUGCCGGUCCCAUUGGCCUGGCUGUCGCUCAAGUGUUGAUUGGCAGGGGGUGCAAAAACAUCAUGGUCAGCGAGGUGAGCACCAAGAGAAGAGAGUUUGCCACCCAGUUUGGCGCGCAUCACACCAUCGACCCCGUCAACGAAAACCUGGUGGCUAGAGUGUCCGAGUUGACCGGAGGGCUCGGCGCCGAUGUUGCGUUUGACGCUGCAGGCGUGCAGACGGCACUGGACACGGCGUUUGAUGCUUUGAAGGCCAGGGGCACUCUUGUAAACAUUGCUGUUUGGGAGAAGAGAGCUGGGUUAGCCAUGAACGGCCUGGUCUUCCGAGAGAGGGGCUACAUGGGGGUAGCCACAUAUAGCCUCGGUGAUUUUGAGGCAGUGUUGGACGCAAUCUCGACCGGUAAAAUAAAACCUGCAAGAAUGAUUACCAAAACUAUCAAGCUGGACCAAGUCGUUGAGGAAGGUUUCCACGCCCUGAUCAACGAUAAAGAGAACCAAGUCAAGAUUCUUGUUGAUGUUGGUGCCGGAAAGUUAUCCUAA